GGGGGAAUGACGCGGGCGGCGUGAGGGGUCGAUGGAUAUGACGCCUGAGGUAGCCGGUUCACCUGACAGUGACAGCCCCGGUAGAGAGUGCCGUCAACCAGAGGGACCAGUCUGGUUCAGUCGGAGUUGGAACCGAUGUUUCAUUCUAGUUCUGGUGGUUUGGAUCCUUCUGAUGGUUGUAUGGUUCCGAUUAGUUAUCCGAGUCAGAAGCUUAAUAGCUUAAGGGAAAGACCGCUAGACAACUAGGCCGCGAGACAACUAGACAGCUAGACAACUAGAUAGCUGGACAGCUCAGAGAAGAGAUAGUAAAAUAAUAUAAUAAUAAUCAACACCAAUCAAAACAAGAAGAAAAGUUAAACAAGACAACGCUGGAUGCACCCAACAGUCAUUUUCUCUCUCCCUUCGCAUGGAUCCGGAUCCGUGAAUAUGCGCCUCAACCAAUCCCAGUCAAACUAGAUCGACCGACAACCAAAAAAAGAAAAAAAAAAAAAUAGAUAAGAAAGGAAGAAAUUAAGAAAAGAAAAGAAGAAAAAUGCAAUCUACCAAUAAGGUCCAAAAUUAAUGCUCCAGAAUC